UAUUCUUUUUGCCUCUUCUCUCUCCGUGUCUCGUUUUCUCCUUGCGAAGAUUGGCGAAGUUUAGGGUUUCUUCCAAUCAACGGCUAUUCGCGAGAUCCAGGUUUUGAAUUGGGUUCUUGUGAAACUGGUUUCUCUUAGGGUUUUCAUUUUAGGGCUUUCGAAACAUUUGGAUGGGAUUUUUUCGUGUCGACGCAAAUUAUUGUUUAGCUUCGACCCGAUCUAGGGUUUAUUGUUGUUGGAGUAUAGGCUCAUUAUUGUAAGGAUCAUUCUUUUGGUCUAAUUCUUUCUUUAAUUCCUCAUCUUUUAGGAGAGUUACUCAGUUUCUUACCGACAAAGCAAGGAAUUUUUUGUUUGAAUUUUUUAGGGCUACAUUGCUUGGAUAUAAUGAAAAAGUUAAAUGUAACAAUCAUGGGAUUUAAUUAAAUUUAUAGAUCAUAAAUCAUGCAAUCAGCAAUAGCAUUAUCGAUGAAAUGGUUACGGGAACAUAUCCAGAUGAUUGCAAAUAAAGAGAUAUGUUAGUAAAAAUUGAAACCCUGGAAAUUGAUGUAAAGACAAAACAUAUCUGUAGAUAAAGGAAUUACUGCUGCGGUUGUGCCAAAAUAUAGGUGUCGACCUCAUUUGUUAAGUUCUUUUGGUGGAACUUGGAAUUAGAAAUUGGAGACUGACGUGAAUUUCUAUCUUUCCUAAUCUGUGUCAAUAUUCGAGAAAGGGAACUGAAUUUUGACUCACAGUUGAUAUGUGCUGUUCUUUGAAGCCAGUAUUCAUAUGGCACCAACUGUUCCCAUAGAGUUUGCUGGGCAAAAGGAAUCGAAAAACUGUUCGAUUUCACAAGUGAUGGGAAAAUCUAGAAAAUACUCGAAAGGGCAUUCUUCUGGUUUUGUACCAGAUUACAGACAUCAUGUUGAGACCAUGGCUGAAUCUGAAGGAUUUGGGAGCUCAGCAAGAUUUGACACUGAGAUGACGGCUUCUGAGGAUUCAUGUGCUCCAAAAAGAAAGUGCAUUAGUUUGAAUAUGGAUGAUUAUGAUAGUUUAGGUGUACCUUUACAGGUAUUGACCUUAUCAAAGAUGUCUAGGAGUGAAAGAAGGAAUUUGGAAUUUAGGUUGAAAAUGGAGCUUGAACAGGUCCGCGUACUUCAGAAUAAAGUUGCAUCUCUUACUUCCAACGCUGUAGUAUCACCAUCUAGUGAUAUUCGCAGCUGUAGUGAUGGGCAAAAGAGGCCUCCAUUAGAGAAUUUUCAGAGGCCAUCUGAAGCAGCGGCUCCAAAGGGUAAGAAACGGGCUCCUCCAGGGCGUCAUGGUCCCCAAACAAAAAGAAGUACAUCUGGGCGGUUUGACUCAGUAAAGCUGGCUGCAUCAGUGAAUACUUCGAGUGUGCAGUUGAUGAAGCAGUGUGAGAAAUUACUUAACCACUUAAUGUCACAACAGUUUAGUUGGGUUUUUAACACUCCAGUGGAUAUAGUGGAGCUGGACAUUCCAGAUUAUUUUACUGUCAUCAAGCAUCCAAUGGAUUUGGGCACAGUGAAGAGCAAAUUAGUUUCUGGUCGGUAUUCGAGUCCAUUGGGGUUUUCUGCUGAUGUACGGCUUACUUUCUCAAAUGCGAUGACCUACAACCCACCUGGAAAUGAUGUUCAUGUCAUGGCUGAGACUCUUAGUAAGUAUUUUGAAGGGAGAUGGAAAGCUAUAGAGAAGAAGCUUCCAAUGACUACUGAUGUGCCAUUGCUGCCUUCAAGAGCAGGCAGUAUUGUGGAAACUGAAACUACAAAGGGAAUGCAACCUGCAAAGAGGAAAACAGCUCCCCCCAGUGAUAAGGUCAAGCAGGAGCAUGUUAGACGGAUCAUGACUAGUGAGGAGAAGCGUAUUUUGAGCACGGAAUUGGAAGCUUCGCUUGACGAUUUGCCUGAAAACAUCAUUGACUUCUUAAAAGAGCGUAGUUGCGGUGCAGGGCAGAUUGCUGAGGAUGAGCUGGAGAUUGAUAUUGAUGCACUCCCCGAUGAUACCUUAUUUGAAUUACGGAAGAUGUUAGAUGAUCAUUUGCUGGAUAAACAGAAAAAUCAGGCAAAAUCUGAACCUUGUGAAAUGGAGAUUCUUAAUGAAUCUGGGUUUAGCAAUUCGUCCAUGCAACUAGGCAAAGGGAAUGGCAUGGCUGAUGAGGAUGUAGAUAUUGUUGGUGGAAAUGAUCCUCCUGUUGCAAAUAUACCUGCAUUAGACAUUGAGAAGGAUGCUGCUCAUAAAAACAGCAGUUCUAGUAGUGAAUCAGGCUCCUCAACCAGUGAUUCGGAUUCAGGUAGUUCAUCUGGCAGUGAAUCAGAUGCUGCUAAAGCUUCAGUUCCUGCUGAUAUUCUUGAGGGAAACUUGGGUCCUGGAGCAAAUUUGGAUGAGAAGAUAAGUGAAGUUGGUGUAUCAGACAUUGGAAAUUCAUCAGUAAAUUUGGAUCCACCUGAGCUCAAUUCUCAGGGUAAGCCAGUUGCUAUUGAGGUGGAUAGCCAUCAUGAGGGGGAGAGUGCUCCAUCUGAGAGGCAAGUCUCCCCUGAAAAGCUAUAUCGUGCUGCUUUAUUGAGGAACAGAUUCGCUGAUACAAUACUCAAAGCUCGGGUAAAAGCACUUGAAAAGGUUGAUAAGUGCAACCCUGAGAAACUAAGGAUUGAGAGAGAGGAACUGGAAAGGCAGCAAAGAGAAGAAAAAGCUCGCUUGCAAGCAGAGGCCAAGGCUGCUGAAGAGGCUCGAAGAAAAGCUGAAGCUAAAGCUGCUGCUGAAGCAAAAAGGAAGAGGGAACUAGAGAGAGAAGCUGCACGCCAGGCAUUGCAACAGAUGGAAAAGACCGUUGAUAUCAAUGAAAACAGUCAAUUCAUGGAAGAUUUGGAAAUGCUUAGAACUGCACAAGAUGAACAUAUACCAAGUUUUGUAGAGGAGACAAGCCCAGAGCAGUUUCAAAAUGGGAUGGGUAGUUUUAAAUUCCAGGGAAGUAGCAACCCAUUGGAACAGCUAGGAUUAUACAUGAAGAUGGAUGAUGAUGAUGAGGAGGAAGUGGAACCACCCCAAAGUAUUGUAAAUCCUGUCAAAGAUGUAGAAGAAGGGGAAAUAGAUUGAUAUUAUCUCCAUACUUUUGGUGUUAGUUGAAGAGCAAGAGCAGCAUGUGAUCCUGAAUUUCACCGAGAGCACUUACAUAUUUCGUGUUUCUGGUGUGCGUCAGUUAUGAGGGUUGCAAUAUUUCCUAGUUUGUUUCACAAUAAAUGAAGUUAAUGUAGGAGUGCAUGCAAUUGGUUUUUGAAGUUGGAUGCGGGGAUAAAAAUUGGACAUAAUCGUAUGAAAGGGGGUGGGGUGGGUACUGGAUUGUUAAUUUUUCAUUGUAAAAAGGAAGAUUAUGUUUGUAAUACUACAUUGCAUUAGAGUUGAGAAUAGGGGAGUUUUGGUUAGAGUUUGCUCUUUUAUUUCUUUCUCUGUUCUUUGCUAAUUGUAAUUGUAAAAUACUGGAGAGUAGAGACAAAUGGAAUUGACAUUCCUUAGGAGUUGAAUUGUA